UCCUGCUUUAUCCCUGUCUCCAUACAAGCAACAGUACCUCGGACAGUACAAGUUGGACAUGUUAUUGCAAAAGUUGAUGUGGACCAAUGUGACACCAUCACAUUGCACUUUACAACUAGUGACCCCGUCUUCACAGUACGACCUGAUGGCACUAUAGUAACAGACGCCAUCACCAUGGUACCAGCCAAUGGCAGAACAUUCUCAGUGCAGUUUCAGGACCCCAAUGCUCAGAAGAGAGAAAUUAAUGUUUACCUUGUCCAGGACUCUAGAAAGGUAUUGAAAGACGGCCUACUGAAGCGCUCCAAAAGACGUUGGAGUCCUCUGCCCUUCAACAUCAUAGAAAAUGACGUUCAGCCAUUUCCAAAGGACGUUGAGCUGAUUGCGUCUGAUUCGUCAGCCACUCGCAGUGUGUACUACACCAUCAGUGGGCCCGGAGUGACAGAGGAGCCUGUGGGUGUGUUCAGUGUGGAGAUGAAGACUGGGAUGUUGAAGGUCAACAAAGCUGUCGACCGCGAGAGAACCCCUCAGUUUGUAUUUCAAGCCAGAGUGUUUGACAGAUACACCAACCAGGAGACAGAUCUACCAUUACCCAUCACAGUGAAUGUAGACGAUGUGAACGACAAUGCACCAACUUUCACUGGCCUACUGCAGUUUACUGUGCUGGAGCAAAGCAAAGCAGGGACGAUGGUGGGGAUGGUGAAUGCCACAGACAUAGACGAGCGUGGUACAGACCACACUAAGAUCAGGUACUCUCUCCUCUCUGGGACUAACCUGUUCUACAUUAACCCAGAGACAGGAGUCAUCAGCACCAAAACAGACACCCUCGACAGAGAGGUGAAUGAUAAGUAUUUGGUGACAGUGGAAAUCAGAGACAUGAAUGGAGCUCUGAAUGGUCUAUUCAACACAGCCACAGCCACCAUUGUGUUGGGUGAUAUCAACGACAACCCUCCCACAUUCACAAAGACAUCUUACGAUGUAAAAGUUAAAGAGAACCAAGGAGAGGGACUCAUCCUCAGAAUCCCCAUUGAAGAUAAGGACUUGGUGAAGACACCAAACUGGAACACUGAGUUUGUCAUCCAAAAGGGGAAUGAAAACGGGAACUUCAGGAUCGAAAGAGACCCCAAAACGAAUGAAGGACUAAUUUACCUAAUAAAGCCUCUAGACUACGAGAAGACCAAGAACCUAAAGCUGGAGGUGUUGGCCCGUAACCAGGCUGAACUGAGUGGGACCACGGCCCAGUGGAUGUCCAUCCCUGUAGACGUCUCUGUAGUGGACGAGGACGAGGGACCAGAGUUCACCGCCCCCACCGUACUCUUCACAGUCAAGGAGAACACUCCUAACGACACCCUGAUUGGGACCUACAUAGCCGUAGACCCAGAGACCAAGAGCAGCGCCGGCAUCAAGUAUUACAAGGUCUCAGACCCUGCUUCAUGGAUCAAGGUAGAUGAAAGCACCGGACAGCUGAAGAUCGCCAAUAAUAUCGACAGGGAGUCCCACUUUGUAACGAAUGGCGUGUACAACGUCACUAUGAAAGCUGUUGAUGCCAGCCACGCAAGCUCACAGAACGGGACCACCGAGUGCUAA